GGGCAUCAGCCUUCUUCUGAUGACUAUGUCACUCCUUAUGAUGGCACGCCUCGAACUCCCGGCUCGCGAGGAACACCCAGGAUGCCAAGAAGCGAUGUCGGCGGGUCGCAUCGCAGGUAUCGACGCCAGCGUCCACAAGUUCCCGAAACGCCCACUGCAUCUGCUGGCGGGAUACCGGAGGAACAGAAUGUGCCAUCUCAGAAUUUCGUCUCCGAGGAAGACCCGCCGGAGGUGACGCAGACGUUUGUGUGGGGGACAAAUAUCAAUGUCAGGGAUGCAACUAACCGGUUCCGGAGGUUUGUGCGCAAUUUCACUGAGGCUGGAGGCACAGGAGAGGCCAAAUACAUCCGCAUACUUGAAGAGGUUCUUGAAGCAGAGUCAAGACAUUUUAAUCUUGACUGCGUGGACUUGUUCGCGUUUGACCCGGAGCUGUACCACAUGAUGGUAGAGCAUCCUCGAGAGAUUGUCCCAAUCUUUGAUAUCGUUGUCAACAGUAUGGCCGAGGACCGUGUCCUCCAGCCCUUAGAGAGGCAUAUUCAGGUUCGAACCUUCAACCUCAAAGCUACAGUGCACAUGCGAGAGCUCAAUCCAAACGAUAUUGAUCAGCUGGUUCAAAUUCGGGGGAUGAUAAUCAGGUGUAGUCAGAUCAUUCCUGAUAUCAAAGAGGCUUUUUUCAAGUGCCUAGUCUGUGGUCACUCACCUGACCCCGUCUUCAUUGACAGAGGGCGUAUUCAGGAGCCGACUGCAUGUGCCCGGCCGGAGUGUGCCACGAAGAACUCGAUGACUUUGGUGGUUGGAGUUUUUCGAGCGACACCAGUGAAAGUAGCACCAAGGCAGCGCACCUUGAAAUCCCUAUAUAAGACAUAUGUUGAUGCGAUACAUAUCAAGAAGACGGACAAACGAAGGUUACAAGCGGAAGAUCCGCUUGACAUGAACAAGAAUAGCGACACAUUUGCGUCAUUUCCGGAAGGGAACACGCUCAAGGAGGACCAGGAGGCAAUGAUCGGUCGAUUGGAGGAAUUGUCAAGGCGUCCUGACAUCUACGAAGUCUUGACUCGAUCAAUUGCACCGAGUAUUUGGGAGCUCGACGAUAUCAAGAAGGGCAUUCUCUGCCAGCUUUUUGGUGGUGUGGGGCAACGAGCAGAGACAGGAUCUGGAAGCUUCAGAGGCGACAUCAAUAUUCUACUGGUUGGCGAUCCUGGGACAAGUAAGUCACAGAUGCUGCAGUUUGUGCAUAAGAUUGCACCACGUGGCAUUUACACAAGUGGACGAGGAAGCUCUGCUGUUGGUUUGACUGCAUAUGUUACAAGAGACCCUGAGACAAGAGAGAUGGUUCUGGAGAGUGGCGCGCUGGUCCUUAGCGAUAAGGGCAUAUGCUGCAUUGAUGAGUUCGACAAGAUGUCAGACAAUGCAAGGAGUAUGCUCCAUGAGGUCAUGGAGCAGCAAACUGUAUCUGUGGCUAAGGCAGGAAUCAUCGCAACACUGAAUGCGCGAACGUCAGUGUUGGCGAGUGCGAAUCCGAGCGGAAGCCGCUACAAUCCUCGUCUCUCAGUCAUUGACAACAUCCAAUUGCCGCCGACUUUACUGUCCAGAUUCGAUUUGAUAUAUCUAGUACUUGACAAGGCAGAUGAGCAGACGGAUCGCCGACUGGCUCGACACUUGGUUGCCUUGCAUUACGAGAACCCCGAGGUGCGAGAGGUGGACACUCUGGAUCUACAGACACUUACCCGAUAUAUUUCUCACGCUCGUCAACACAUCCACCCGGAGAUCGGAGAUGAUGCUGCCGAAGACCUCAUAAAUGCCUAUGUGGAGAUGCGGCGAAUGGGGGGAAACAGGAAGAUCAUCACUGCGACGCCACGUCAGCUUGAGAGUCUGGUUCGCGUUUCCGAGGCUCUUGCAAGAAUGAGAUUUUCUCUUCAGGUGGAGAGAUGUGAUGUAGCAGAGGCAGUAAGGCUCCUCCGUGUCGCAAUGCAGCAGUCUGCGACAGACCCGAGAACUGCUUCUGGAAGAGCUGAAGAAGCAGAACACAAUGGAUGUUUCCGUGAACGAGGUGCGAGAUGCUUUAGGAACUUUGCAGGCAGAGGCCAUGAUCAAAAUUACGGGGGACUCGAUACAGAGGACAUAGAUCGAAGGUACGAGAUUCAGUAGAAAUAGGGAAGGGCAGAUUUUUUACCCCUGUAUGAAACUACCAGGGUCCUUUCGCCGUCUCCACAUA